CGCGCAAGGAGAGGAAGUAAAAGGAGAGUCUUCUUUUAGACGUUGGCAGUUAAUUUACAGAAAAAUAAUUUUGAACUUGUAAUUUUGAAUAAAAGGAUAAAUUUUUGAUUGGUCGCAGAGUCUACAAAUCGAAGAAAACUUGUUUGUGAUUCAUCCGUUUUAUGAAUUGCUUUGCUUGAAAGAACAUAUUUUUUUACGUGUUUUUGUAUUAGAGUCGGUGGUUUCCGUUUUACUUUGUAUGGAUAAAUAGCAACCCAAAAUGACAAAUCAUAUACUACACUUUUUUUCGGCAAACAUGCGGUUGAGCUAUCGUUUAGGACGCUCUUCCUUUCAUACAUAUGGAAUGGUUAGAAAUAUAGCUUCAAAGGACGCGUCUCCACCAGAGCAACCGAAGGAUGAUACCAAAGAAUCGUCGAAAAUCGACGCUUCUGGUGAUUUUAAAGAUUCGAAUGCUGCUUCCCAACCGUCAUACGCGUUCGAUCCCAAAUCAACUGAGCAUAAAUCCUCUCCAGUAGCUCCUGAAGUUGUUUCUAAGGAUAAAUUGGAUGCAAAGAGUCCUUGGGAAGAAAUGGUUAAAAAGUUUCAACAGGAUGCUUCUUUGCAAGAAGACUAUAUCCGAAACCAUCCGCUUUCCAAGCAGGCAUUGGAAAAUGCCAAGGGUUUACGUAAAACUAAUUUACAUUUGCAAUACUUUUCUCCAUUUGACAAGUAUGUUCGUCCCUUGGAUGAAUUUUCCAGCUUCCAAAACUUUGACGAAUAUAAUGCGUUUAAUGAAGAAAAGUUUAAAAACUAUACACCUCCAGCGGAUAUUUUCCGCGCCAAACCACCCGUUAGUUAUACUCCUUUCAGUUUUGGAACAACAAACCAGGGAGCUACAAUGACUGACUUUUUAGUGGAGACGACAGGUGUCCCGAAAUCUUAUUUACAAUCAUUUGUCUUCGUUCCUUUGGUCAUUCGCCGUGUCGUUAACCAAACCCGCAAAGGUAAAAUUCCCAGUAUCUACGUUCUAACCGUUGUUGGUAACCGGAAUGGGGUCAUUGGUUAUGGCGAAGGAAAAGCUGCAAACUAUUCAUUAUCUUACAAACAGUCUUGUGCUCGUGCCGUCAAAAGCAUGAAGUGUAUUCCACGAUACGAAGACAGGACGGUAUAUGGCAAUUUGCAUAAAAAGUUUCACGCUGUCCGCCUUGCUUUACGAUCUCGUCCUGCUGGUUUUGGCUUACGUUGCAACGCUAUCCUGUUUGAGAUUUGUCGAUGUGCAGGUAUCAAGGAUUUAAGCGGUGAAAUAAUGGGCUCAAAAAAUGGCAUGAAUGUUGUUAAAGCAGUUUUUGAAGCAUUACAUGAGCAAGCUCUUCCAGAAGACAUUGCUAUGCAACGUGGUCUUAAAAUUGUUGAUGUUCAACGUGAGUAUUACAAAGGCUCCCGCUAAGUCAUAUACUUAUGAGCUGAUUACUUCUGCCGCGUAUUAUGCUUUUAAUCCCUCGUUUUCUACUUCUGCUUCCUCAUCUCCCCCUUCUUUCCUCUCAUAUAUUUUCUUGCAUACACGUUACUGCAAUUUUUAAAAUUCGUUAUAUUUAAUUAACGAUCACUUUAUUAUUUGAUUCCAUAAUAUUAAUAGGAUUUUUCUACACAAUGCAUUAAGCUAUCCAAAAAUAAUAACCCUACCCUACUUAUGAAGUACAGUCACAGGAACUCGAAACGGAAAUUAUCUACUGGAAAAAGGGAACGACACCACCAACACUACUUUGCAG